UGGCUACUCUUCUUGGCCUACCAUUAAAAAUUUGUUCUUUCUUCUGACCCAUAAAGGGAAACCGACGCCAUCCCCCGCCCCCUCUCCCAGUGCGCGAAAAAGAAAACGGAUUGCGUUUGCGAAGAUGGCUUUACAAGCUGGGGUUUCAACGUCCAAGGUUCUCAUCCUCGUUGGAGCAGGGUUAACUGGUUCCGUUGUUUUAAGAAGUGGGCGGUUGUCUGAUCUGAUAUCACAACUUCAGGAAUUACUGAAGGGUGUGACAGAAGCCGAACUCUCUCCUAGUCCUCACAAGUAUGAUACUGCUAUUCUGGCCGCACAGAUUCGGCAACUGGCACAAGAGAUCAGGGAGUUGACAUUAUCUGGUCCUGUAACUGUCUUCAAUGGGAACUCUUCUUCUAGCGGGAACUAUUCUUCUUACUUGGUACCAGCAGCUGCAGUUGGAGCAAUGGGCUAUUGUUACAUGUGGUGGAAGGGAUGGUCAUUUUCUGACAUAAUGUUUGUGACGAAGCAAAACAUGGCAAAUGCUGUCUCAACUGUCUCGAAACAACUGGAACAUGUGCAUGAAGCUCUGGCUUCAACAAGGAGGCAUCUGACAAAGAGGUUGGAGAACUUGGAUUGGAAGCUAGAUGAGGAGAUCGAAACAACAAAUCUCAUAGCAAAUAAUGUGGAGGACGUCAAGUCCAACCUUUCUCGGAUUGGUUUUGAUGUUGAAACAAUCCAUCAAAUGGUCUCACAAUUGGAAGGAAAACUAGAGGUUCUUGAAAAGAAACAGGACAUCACUAAUUCUGGUCUCUGGUAUCUAUGUCAAGUCGCGGGAGAUGUCAAGGACCGCAUAAACGACAAACUUUUCCCAGAAGUUGAGGCAAAGAAGAAUGCAAAUCAUUUGACGAUUAAAUACGAAGAGAAUUCUCUCAAGGGACUGCAGUUCAUUGCUGAAACCAAAUACUCCACUGUCACUGCAAAUCCAACUGGAGUGAAGGGAAAUAGCCUUGAAAAAUUCAAUAGUGAAGAACUUGCUGUAAGAAGAACAAGAUUGCACAGGUCAUAUCCUGUUGGGAUUUCUUUGGCACGAGAUAUUAUGGGCUGUGAUACAUAAUAUUUUUCCUCCUUAGAAAUGAGUUUCAUUCUCUGGCAGCGAUUCAGAGCCGCCAUGAAUAUAUAUCCAUUUUCUGGCAGUUAUUCAAUGCCAUUUUUACAGCAUGAGAUGCAUUUGUUGCUUUGCAGAUGAAAAUAAUGCCUUCAAGGUGAAGGCAUACAGGUUUUACAACACUUCCAUUACUUGUACAAGUUGUAUGAAACAUUAUUAAUGUGAGAUAUCAAUGAAAAACAGUGCUCAUCUCUCUCCCUCA